AUGCCCUUCAUCGACGACUCGGAGUCGAAGCCGGUGGGCUGGUACCCCGGAACGGGGAUCGACGUGCUCAUCGUCGGCACGGGGCUGGCCGGGCUGACGGCGGCCAUCGAGUGCGUGCGCAAGGGUCACAACGUGCGGGUGCUGGAGCGCAACGACGACAUCAACACGGCGGGCGACAUGUACUUCAUGGGGCUGUCGGCGACCAAGUUCUUCAAGCACUGGCCCGGCAUGGCGGCCGAGUUCGACGCCAUCUCGCUGCGCAACGCCUGGAUCGAGACGUUCAAGCACGACGGCGCCCGCAUGAUCCCCCCGCUCAAGGUGUCAGACCGCCUGCGCGACGCCGGCCUCGACCCCGACACCCCGCCCGGCACCUUCCAGAUGCGGCCGCUCGUCUACAAGAUGUACGUCCACCAGGUCGAGCGCCUCGGCGUCGGGAUCCAGUUCGGCAAGCGCGUGGUCGACUACUUUGAGGACAAGCAGUCGGGCAAGGGCGGCGUCGUGACCGACCAGGGCGAGCGCUUCGAGGCCGACGUCGUCAUUGCGGCCGACGGCGUCGGCUCCAAGAGCCAGAGGUUGGUUGGUGGCCAGGUCCGCGCCAUGAAGUCGGGCCGCGCCAUGUGGCGCGCCGCCUUCCCUCGCCACCACGUCGACAAGAACCCCGAGGUCAAGGAGUUCUUCAAGAUGCAGCCCGGCGGCGAGAACGGCGCCGAGGAGCCCAUCAUCCGCACCUGGUUGGGACCGGGCACCUAUGCCAUGACGCUGACCCGGCCCGACACCAUGAUCUGGAUCAUGAAUCACGACGUGACGGGCUCCGAGAAGGAGUCGUGGAAUCACACGAUCGAGGCCGACGAGGUGCUGGCCAACAUGGACAAGGGCGUGGGGCCGCGGCCGUGGGCGCCCGUGUUCAAAGAGCUCGUCAAGCUCACCCCGCCCAACACCAUCGUCAACUUCGAACUCUUCUGGCGCAACCCGCAGCCCAAGUGGGCAUCCCCACUUGGGCGGGUGGUCAACAUCGGCGACGCGGCGCACUCGUUCUUGCCGGCGUCGGGCAACGGCGCGACGCAGGCAAUCGAAGACGCCGUGUCGCUGGCGUCGUGCCUGCAGAUCGGCGGGAGCCGCGACCAAGUGCCGACGGCGGUGCGCGCGCACGUGCGCAUGCGCUUCGUGCGCAACGCCUGCGCGCAGAAGCUCGGCUUCAGCAACGCCGAGCUGCUGCAGGACACGGACUGGAGCAAGGUCGAGCUCGACCCGCGCCGCGCCCAGCCCAAGCUGCCGUCGUGGGUCUGGGGCCACGAUCCCGAGAAUUAUGCGUAUGAGGUCUACGAUAGGGUCGUCGAGAGCAUGCGCAAGGGCGUGCCGUUUGAGCAGGAUGACUCGGUGCCGCCGAAUUACCCGCCGGGAUACCGCUAUGAGCCCUGGAGCAUCGAGGAGAUCAUGCAAGACAUGCGCAGCGGCAAGCCGGUCAAUCUUGGGUCGGGCAACUGGGACUGA